AUGGAGCAGCUCGCCCAGUUCGUUUCCAAGAGUUUCGACGAUAACGCGAACCGGGACCGGAAGUGUCGCGAUGGUUCCGCUCCUACCGCGAUAACCUUGAGUGUCGCACACCUCGUCGGACCACCUGUCGACGAGGAGGAAUCUAAUAUUGAACGCCACUCCGUAGAGGAAGUGUCAAAAGUCGCAGACGAAGUGAAGGAUGUAAAGGAACCAGCGUCGCUGGAACAGCGACUCCUACCGGAAGAUUUGUCCCUUAACACAGCAAAAUCCAAAGAAAGCAGUGUAGAACUUUUACCAUUAAAAGCACCAGAAUUAAAAUUAUCUGUGAGAAAAUUACUUGGCUGCAGUCCAUCGCCCCCUCCAAUCAAGAGCGAUCUUUCACCGAAAAGAGAAAACGAAGUGAAAACUCGCCUUUCGUCGGAUGCCAAGAUUUCCAAUCUGGACUCGAAAAUACCGCCCCAGUUUUCGAAAUCGUUAGGAUUUCACGAUGAAACUUCGAAAGGCUCUAAUUGUCGAGGAAGCGGAACCGGAAAUGGCAAACAAAGACGCUCCAGGACAAAUUUUACUUUGGAACAACUCGCGGAGUUGGAGAGGCUUUUUGACGAGACCCAUUAUCCCGAUGCCUUCAUGAGGGAAGAACUUAGCCAACGACUUGGUCUGAGUGAAGCUCGUGUUCAAGUCUGGUUUCAAAAUCGACGAGCCAAAUGUCGCAAACAUGAAAGUCAAUUACACAAAGGCGUUGCAAGUGGAAUGGUUUUAGCACCAAGAAGUCCUCCGACGGCUCUCGAGCCCUGCAGAGUGGCUCCCUAUUUACCAGCUUUAAGAUUGCACCCUCCGAUGCAGCAAAGUGGUACAAACACAAAUUCUGCGACCGCAGGAUCGGCUUUUGACCCAGCAGUUCUCCAUUAUGCGGCAGCUGGAGGCCUUUUUUGCCUUCCACCCCCAACGCAUCCGCACGGCCACACCCACUCUCACCCUCAUCCUCUAAGUCUUGCAGCAUCUUUAGCUGCCGCUGCAGCACGUUCAAAAAGCAGCAGCAUUGCUGAACUUAGGCUUAAAGCAAGAAGACACCAAGAAGCUCUAGGAUUGGAAAGACCUGCGUAA